AUGUCCAACCAGAACAUGCAGUCGCAGCAAGGCCAGCAACAGCAACAGCAACAGCAACAGCAACAGGAUGGCCCGCUUGACUCGGUUACUCUUGGCCAGCUUCGUAACCUGAUCGUAGUUGACAAGCCCAAGUCGCGCCAAUACGACUUCCCAAUCGAUGCAGACGCCGACACGAUGCAGAACGAGAUCGACGAGUUUUACUCAUACGUCGAAGUGCCUCAGACAGCCGAGAACAGAGCUGCUUGGGAAGAGUGGUGCGCCAUGCCUGCUCACUUGCGCAAUGCUGGCUACUCGUCUACAGGGUCAGAGAUGGGCGCUGAGCCGUCCACUUUGUCCAACCAUGCACAGCUGGCUAAAGGUGGUGGUGCACUAGGUCUCGGUCUCAAUCAAGGUGCAGGUGCGACGUCUGAUGCGACCAACAGUGCUCCAAGAGGAAGGAGGCCGAGCUUGGCUGAGCCUCUGCUGGGAGAGUGGACCACACUCGGCAGUGUCACUCGUCGUCGCAUUCUUCAGUCGCUUCUGUCCGCACUCGAGGUCAGAGAUCCCGAAGCCAGAUUCCGCGCUUCUCGAGCGCUUCUCUACCUGCUUCAAGGUGCCUUUGCUGACACCGCCGGACCGGAACACCAGCUUCACUGGCUUCUGGAGAAUGCUCACAUGGUCCGGUCACUCGGCGGUCUGGGCGAGAUCUACUCUGCCAUCAAGCUCGCAAGCUGGAAGCACGACUAUCUCAGUUCGCUCCCCGACCACAUCCCAGCGCACCAACCCAGCGAGGCAGGUCAACAAGGCCCGGUCAACGCUCCACUGCUCACACCAGAGGCUAAGCUAGAGUAUCUCGACGAGAUCAACCUCGAGCUCGCACUCCACUUUGCUCAGCUCUACUCACUUCUCGAGAGUUCAAGAGGUGGAGAAGAAUGGGGUGACGAGCUCAUGUCUCUCGACCCUCCGCUUCCUAUCUUUCUCUUCGGUCUGGUCGCUUCCUUGCGAGAGAAGAGUGCAAAGGGUUACCCGGUCAAAAAGCUACUUCUGUUGCUGUGGAAGUCGCUGCUUUCGUGUCUCGGAGGCAUGAAGGAUGUUGAGCGAUGCAAGUUGCUCGCUCGCCAGAUCGAGGGUUUAGGGCCCAUCGAUAAGUCGACCAAGCGAAACGUGCUCAAGUCUGACCCGCUCGACUUUCAGGAUUUCCAGCAUGAGAUCUCGGUCAAGUAUCCCACCUUCGAACCACCAAAGCGUCAAGAGAACGAUUUGCCGCUGGAUAAGCUUGCCAGUGCCAUUCAUCCUAUUCCGCCACGCAAGCCGUUUAGCAACAAUGUUGAUGGUAAUCGAGGAUAUCCUGGUGGGCCGCAGCAGGGGCCAAACAGUAUGCUUCCCGGAACACCUGCACCUUCGCCGCCUCCCUCUCCGAAGCCGAACAAGGCGAAAUACCAGACGGACCAGACUCGACCCUUCAUCUUCCCAUACAGCAGGCAGGUGCAUGGUGCAGGUCGGCUCGUGCCACGCAGUAUUGAGGAGGCUUCCAAGCUCUACACCGAGCAUAUGCAUGUCAGUCUGGAGCUCUGGCAGACUUGGAGGGUGCGCGAGCAGUGUAUUCAGGACGAGAGUGGAGUUGGUAGUGCAGCGGAUGGCACUCGGAUUGGUCUUGGUGUCAAGUCGGCCGCAUCGAAAGCCUAUGCUGGGAGGACGGAUGCUGCUUCGUCCUCGCAAGGCAGUCGCAGUCCUGUCACUUCCGAGGCAUUCCCACCACGCGGCAACUCGGAGCGCACUUUCAAGGUCAAAGGCGAAGCGACGUACGAGCAUUUAGUGGAGAUUGAAGAAGAUAUUGAAGCCGAACUACGCGCUGUGCAAGGUGACCAUAUGCUCGCUGCGCUUGAUAAUCCUCGGCACACUGAACUCAUUGAUCAGCUAGCCCAAAAACGUGCAGAUGUUCGUCGCUUGCAGCGCGUUGAUCAACUCUAUCGUGCCGUCCUACCCCAGCUGCAAUCAUCCGUGAUUGUACUGCUUAAGCUGUUGCUGGCUACAGUCACUUCCGUCAACGUCAACUCAGCUCACGCAGCAGCCAUUGCCGAAGGCGCAGCCAUCGACGAAGCUCCACCUCCCACCCUCGAAGACGUCGAUGUUGCUCGUCAUCGCGAAAUCCUCACCAAAGCCGUCUCUGCCAUCCUUCUUCUCUGCUUGAAAUGGUUCAAAGCGAGUCAUGUGAUGAAGUUCAACUACCUCUCCCAAGUACUCGUCGACAGUAACGUCCUCCUUCUCAUCCUCAAGAUUUUUGGACUGCAGGAAAUUGCACAUAGCGUAAAAACCGAAAACGAAGCUAAAAACUUCCGAUUCUUCAACUACUGCUACCUCAACGGCGGUCGUGAAGCUCGAGGUGCCCGAGCGGAAGACUCGCUCAUGUCAAGACAUAACAUCAUUGGUCCAGUUGCCAUUAAUCCUGGUACCACUUCCCCGCCACCUGGUAAAGUAACAACUCUACCUGAUGGAACGGAGAUCGAAGUAGUCAGCGACUAUUCCUGGCGCAAUUUCUUCUCCUCCAUCAACUUCACCCGGAUCCUUCAGAAGUUGACAAAGCGGAAAGUGCAUAGAAUUCUGCUCUUGGUGCAGUACAAAAGUUCAGCCAUCCUCAAACGCUCCCUAAAGGUUCCACAUCAAGGGUUGGAAUUGCCGGACCUGAGGGAUGAAUGGUUAAGUGGGUCGGAUGUGGAAGCGGAUGUAGAGGAUUCCUUGCCGCAGGAACAGGCGCUGAGGAGCUUGGUAAAGUUUUAUAACAAUACGAGGUUUGGGCCUCCACAGGCGGUGAGUGGGGGUCAUGGUGAGGGUGGAGGGCAAGGGCACAGAAGAUCGAUUAGUACUAGUGCGGAGAGGCAUCAGCAGGAUCAGCAGUCGCAGGGUCAGGGUCAACAACAGGCUGGGCAGGGGUCGCAGUUCCAGCAACAACAACAGCAGCAGCAGGGACAACAGCAGGGGCAGAAUCAAGCUGGAGCGCAAUCAGAUCAAUCGCAACAGCAAGCACAACAGCGUGGUGUUGGUGGAGCAGCAAACGGCGAAGGCGGAGCAAACGAUACCGCGCCACACGCCGCCACACUCUCUCCCACACGGACUUCCAAUGGUCCUUCGUUUUUCGAGUCCGAUGUGCUUCCGCCAUUGCGUAGAUCGCACCAGACUUCGGCACCGGGUGGAUACAUCCCAGACGAUGUGGUAGAAGGCUACCUCGACACGUACGAAGAUGUUUUGGGCGAAGUCUUCGGCGAGAACGUCUUUUAUCCUUCCGUUUAUUCUUCCGAUCCCGGACAUGAGGGUGGCGGUGGAGCUGAAGGGGAUCCAACACACAGUGAUGGUGCUGACAAUUCAAAUGCUGCAUCCGGCUGGAGUUCAGGCAAGUGGGGAUUAACCCAUCAAGGUUCCUCCACUGCUUGGGCUCGACUGGGCGAAAUCUUGGGCGAAACAGUCACCGAUUCAGAUACUUCCUCCAUCGACGCUUCUCGUUCUGACCCAACCGAUCCUUCCACUGCCACCGACGACGAAGGGGAAGAUGAGAAUAGGAAUGAUUGGGAGCAUCUCUCGCCUAAAGAAAUGCGAUAUCUUUCUUCCGGGGUGCUUUCUCCUCCUUCACCCUCUCCAAUUCCGUUGGGUGGGGGUGGAAAGCAACCUUCGCCCCUCCAAUCACCCCGCACCGCUGCAUCGCCUUUGCAUGGGGGAUCGGCGCUAGACACUUCCCCCGGAUCUCCAAUCCGUCCUUUCACAAUUAGUGGAAGUGGAAGCAGACCAGGAAGUAGGAGAAACUCUAGGUCCAAUUCGGAUUCCAGUCCUCUACGACCAGUGUUGACGGACUGGAAGAAUGACGACGAGCUGGAUAGUCUGGAUUUGUUGGCUCAAGCUGAGGCUAGGAGAGCUGAGGAACAGCAAGCGGAGGAAGCGGGCGAAGAUGAGGAGGAGGGAGUGGAAAGUGGACCGUUGCCAUUGCAGAGGAGGAAGUCCGGUGGAAUAGAUGAAGUUGAGCAUAUAUUUGGUACCUAA